UUUACUGCAAAACUAUAACCGAAAAAAUGAAUUUUCUGAUUAUUUUUUCUAUUCUUAUCUCCUAUAUUUCUUCACAAGCAAUUCCAAAUGUGGUCUUGACUGGAGAACCCAGAGUUAUUGCAAGGAGGAUACUUAAUGUAGAUAUGAAAACCGCUCAACAACUGGUUCAUCCCGAUAACCAAAUGCACGUUAAAUAUCAAGUAAACGUUGUGAAAAACCCAGAAAACCUAGCUACCGAAUCCUCCGGCUACAUCACUGAAGAACGGACUCCAGUGACUAUCUAUCGCAGAAUUCUCAGACCAGCACGGAUCACAUUCAAUGAGGAUAGAGUAGUUACAGAUAACGUUCAAGGAACUAGUGAUGCUGUUGAAAUGGAGUCAUGGACAUUGAAUAAGAGCCCUACUAUUGAUGGAUCUUUUGUUCAACAAGGAGCUUUUCAUUGAUAUAUUGGUUCUUAAUAAAUCAUUCUGAAAUCUUC